CAGGCUCAGACCGGUCCCUGCGGGAUGUUGCCAGGAGACAGGGACACACAGCCCUGCCCGUCCCGCUCCUGCCUCCUCUCCGCCGGCCCCAGCCCUGGAGCCCAGGGCUUUAAGGAUCCUGGAUCUGGACCCUGCUGAGGAAAUGUGAAAUCCAGGUCUGGGGUGUGGGAAGAGGGGGUUCCUUUGCAGGGAGCAAAGGAACCCCUGCAGCCCUGGGGUGCUCCUACCUUGUCCCCGCUGGUGAACACAUCUGGCAGUGCCCCAUUCCCUGUCCCGUUGCCUGUCCCACUCCCUGCAGCACCCGGCUGUGGCUGUGCUGAGCGCUGGUGGCAGCGGGGUCGGUGCCAUCCCUCCCGGCAGUGUCCUGCCAUGGCCGAGCUGGCAGGACAUCGUGCUGGCAGUGCGCGGGGUGGCAGCCCUGUCCCACGGGAAGAGGAGCACUCCUGGGCUCAGCUCCCGGGCUCCCGGCCCCGCCCGGGCCACUGGAGCAGCUCCAGCUCCGUCUGCACCGAGGACUUCGCUGUCGCCUUUUGGGAGGGAAUGGUGGAGCCGCUGCUGUGCCAGCAGGAGCCUGCUGGGGAUGUCCCCACGGCAGGAGCCCAUCCUGGGCAGGACCAGCCCUUGUUCCCCACAGGGAGGAGCCUGGACACGGCCAUGGAGCCGGGCAGAGCCCCCGGGCAGGACCGGUCUCCAUCCCGGAGCAGCCUGGAGUCCCUGGGAGCGAGGAUCUCCCGCCUGAGCCAGAGCCAUGGGGGGGUGGUCUGGGGGGUCCCCUGGCCGGGCCCCCCUGCCCGGCCAGCCCUGGGCCACAGGGACUCUGCCCGUGGGGAGCUGCUGGCCACGGCCCUGCCUGGGCGCUCCUGGAGAGCUGCAGGGAUCGCUGCUGGCAGGAGCAGGGCUGGCGCAAGGACAGGCUCUCCUGGCAGCAGUGUCCCCAGGGCCAGCAGUGCCAGAACCAGGGCACAUCCCGCCCUGGGGCCACCAGCUCUCGGGGGACGUGGAGGGAAUGUCACCUUCAGUGUGGCUGCCAUGGACAGGGAAGGAGCGGCCCGCAGCAGGAGUGCUGGCUCAGCCAUGGGAGCCCCCGGGCGAUGGGGGUCCCCUGUGUCCCCAGGGCUGCGUGGGGACCAGAAAGGGGAACUGCCCUGCAAGGGGGUGGCGGGGCAGCCACUGUGCUGGUCCCUGCGGAGGAGCCGGGAGGGGACACGAGAGCUGGGAUCUGGUGCCAAGCCCUGGAGCCCAGGGCACAGAGCCAGGACUGGCCUGGCACUGCUGGGACACACCUGGGACACCCAUCACAGGUGCCACAUGGACCUGCAGAGGAUGUCUUGGCAGGGGCAGGGAGCCUGUGUGGGCCAGGAGUGGCUGGACAAAGAGAGAAGGAAAACAGCAACUGCACAAGAAGAGAAACUGGAGCUGCUGGAGAGGCUGCGGGAGCUGGAGCGGGGCAGCCGGGCCCUGCUGCGGCAGCGGCUGCGGGUGCUGCAGCGGCUGCACGGGCUGCUCCGGAGCGACCGGGCCGAGACCCUGCGGCAGCUCCGGGCGGCGCUGGAGCGGGCCGGGCCGGGAGCAGGGAGCGCCGGGGAGGGCCGGGCCGGCGGCGGCGCCCGGCGGGAGCAGCUGCGGAGCCGCCUGCGGGACCCGGCGGUGCCCGGGCGGGCCGGGGGCUCCCCGGCCCUGGGGACGGCCCCGCUGGCCCCGCGGGGACACGGCCCCCGCCCCGGCGGUGCCGUGGGACCCGGCCCCUCGCCGGCAGCCUUCGGCCGCGCUCUGCACGCCCUGAGGGGGCUCCGGCAGCAAAUCCAGCGGCGCCUCGGGCAGUGGCAGAGGCUGCAGGGAGCCCUGGGAGCCGCUGGACACAGGAAGGAGGACGACGAGCAGAGGCAGCAGCCGGACACGGCCCCAGCUCCAGGAGCCCCGAGGGAGCCCCUGGGCCAGAGACAGAGGGAACAUCUCCAUCCCACCUCCUCCGUGUCCCUGAGCUCCAUCCCUGGGCCCCCCCAGCCUGGCCGGGGCUCCCCAGGGCUCCUGCAGCACCUCCAGCACCACUUCCAGGAGCUGCAGCUGGAGAAGACACAGAGCACGGGGAGCCCCCCUGCCCUGGGGGGACAGCCCGGGGUGACCUCAGGGCCGUUUGUUGAUCCUGGGGGAGUCAGGUGGGAUGGCCAUGGAAUCCCGGGAAGCCUCUGCAGAGCCUGCCUGGAUCAGGCUCGGGGUGCCCACAUCCUCUUCCCACUCUGCAGCUCCUCCUCUGCUCCCAUCUCCCACUCUGGGAUAGAGCUGGGACAGGCUGGAGGUGACAUUUCCUUUUCUGCUCUACCACGAGGACACCAGUUGGAUAUUUGGGAAAAGCUCCAAGCUGAAAAGGAAGUGAAUCACUGGCCCAGGCUGCCAGGACAGUGGUGGAAUCACCAUCCCUGGAAGUGUCCAAGAAACAGGUCCAUGUGGCACUUUGGGAUGGGGUUUAGUGGGAUUUGGUCAAAGGUUGGACUAGAUGAUCUUGGAGGUCUUUUCCAGCGUGAAUGAUUCCAUGAUUCUGAGUUUCCUACCUGCACACUGAGGUCCCAGUUAUGGAAUUCCAACAGGCAGAACCAAGCUCCUGCAAAUUCCUUGAGAAGUGCCACGAGGUUGUGAGGGAGCUGCCAAGUGCCCUUGGACCAGUGGGAUCUGCCCAGGGAGCCAGGCUGGGAUGGCUGACCCCGGGACAGAGAGGUUUAAUGGAAAAAACCCAAGGGAAUUGCUGUGUUUGGAUGCUUUAAUUUAAUUUGGAAAAGGAGAAACCCAUUCCUCACUCUGGGAGAUCUCCUUGGGAAAUGCUGGUUUUAAUUUGCAGGAGAACAUCCAAGGAAAGUUUCUCCAUGUGAAAAGGGGAAAUGGGAGUUUCCUGCAGGAUUUUAUUGCUGUGCCUUGUUCCAGGGGGAGGGCGGAUGAGGAUUGAAGUAUCUGUGUGCUUUCUUUCCAAUGAAAAUAAAAGUGAGUUUUAUUA